UACAUACUAUGGCUAGAGAUAUCAGUUCAUAUCUCUCAUGAUCUUAUACUAUAGCAGAUUAAGGAUUAUAGGGACUCUGGACAUCUUCGGCCCCAUCUAAGAUCUCACACCCUAACAAACAUAUCCCUUCCAUUGCUUUUGCCUGCACUCUUAUUUACAGAAAACCCUGCCUCACAUUCCGGGCAAAGUUAAUACUCCCCCUCCCUCGCUUCCCACUAAAUUUCAUAAUUUCCCUUCACACUCAACCAUUAUGGAUGAGAUGUUCUUCCACUUUUCUUCCGGUUCCGACCCUCAAAACACGAUCCCACAUGAUGAGAUUUUGGAUUAUGUUCCCAUGGGUGGCAGCAGCAGUAGAGGCCGCCAACGAAAAUUAUUGUCAACUGAGAAGAGAGAAAAUAGUAACGCUGAUGAUAAGAAAAAGUCUAUGCAUAGGGAUAUUGAGAGGCAAAGAAGGCAAGAAAUGUCCACCCUUUAUGCUUCUCUUCGAACUCUUCUCCCUCUUGAGUACAUCAAGGGAAAGCGUGCAAUAUCAGAUCAUAUGAAUGGAGCAGUGAGUUAUGUAAAGGACCUGCAGAAGAGGAUCGAUGGACUGAAUGCCAAGAGAGAUGAGUUAAAGAAGGCAUCGGAUAAUUGGAGUGGUUUUGAGCAAGGGAUGACCUCUAACGAGGCCUUCCCAAGCAGUGCUGUAGUUCGCCAAUCUUUGGAUGGUGUUGAAGUUGUGAUCAGCACCAGUGUUGGACCUAAAGCUUUGACCCUCUCAAGGGUGCUACAAUUGCUGCUUGAGGAAGGACUGGAUGUUGUUAACUGUAUCACUACCAGAAUUGAUGGAGGACUGAUCCACACCAUUCAAACUGAGGUUAGCGAUCUGAGAGGCGUUCAUGUACCUUAUCUGGAGCAGAAACUAAAUAAAUUAUUUGAUAUAGGUAUGUUACACAUUUGAAGUGGAAAAGAAAACUUAGGAUGAAAAACCAUGCAAGAGAUUUUGAUGUUAUAGAUAAGGACAAAGGGUCCAAACCAUCAAUAUAUAGUUUCCCACAUGUUCAAAUUAUAUAUAGGCAUGGAUAUCCAAAUCCUUAUUGUAAGGUUCCUGGUUGAAGAUAGCGCAUUGUAUUUAUUAGUUUUAAUUCAUGUCUCAGAGCCGGCACCAGAGAAGAAAAGUUUGUAUGAAUUUUAUGUUGUUUAUGUCAUGAAUAUAGAAACAUGUUACUAUAAUGUUGUACAAAUCCAUUUCUUGUUGAGGAUCUUCUACUUUGUGCUGUUCUAUGAAGUUUAGCUUGUAUUUUAAUACAGUAAAGUAAA